AUGAGCCGCGGCGGGAUGAGCUGCAACGGCGCGACGAGCGUUGGCAAGGCGAGCAAUGGCCGCACCAUGACGGGCGGCAUGACGAGCGGCGCGGCUACAACGACUCUUGGUGCAGUGGUCGCGAGCAGCGAUGGCACGCUGAGCCACGGCCCAAUGAGCGAUGGCACGACGAGCCAUUGCGCGGCGAGCAAUGGCCGCACCAUGACGGGCGGCAUGACGAGCGGCGCGGCUACAACGACUCUUGGUGCAGUGGUCGCGAGCAGCGAUGGCACGCUGAGCCACACGUGCCCGCUGAGCGAUGGCACGCUGAGCCACACGUGCCCGCUGAGCGAUGGCGCGACGAGCCAUGGCGAGGCGAGCAACGGCCGCAUCAUGGCGGGCGGCAUGACGAGCGGCGCGGCUACGACGAUCGGGGCAGAGGCGAGCGCGAGCGCGAUUGGCACGAUCGGCGCGAUGACCGGCGCGAACACGGUGAGGGGCAGCCUCAGCACAGCGGUCGCCGGGUGGGACCGCCGUGAUCAGGUCGACCCUCGGAAGCUGACGACUUUGAUAAGCCAGGCUGGCAGCGCUGACGCAUUGCUCGCGCUCUUUGCUGCCCACAGCACGAGCUUGAACCACAUCCACGCUGCGAAUCUGUGGAACAAACUGGGCAAGCAGCGCGUCGAGCGGCGGCACGAGGAGCGGCUUGAGCAGCUGACACCGAAAAAUGACGACAUGCACAUGCGGUGGUGGGGCGCCGGCGGCUGCGCGCCCAACUUCUACAUGGGUGCGCUCGGGCACGCCGCCAACUCCGUCCAGCUAAACCUCGGCCAUCAAGCGAUGCAACGGCGGAGGAUGUACACCGGCUGGCCGUAG